UGCUAGAACUCAUCACACCGAAUAACCAAUUUUAUUUGAGCAACAAAUGAAGACAAUAGCAAAAAUGCAACAUAAUAAACAACUUUCGAUGCUGCUUGGCCGUCGUCUGCCGAUUGUAAGGCGCUGCUUGACCAGCGCCCGACCACAGCCACUCGAUGAAGAGCAGUCGGUGGCCAGUUCAUUGCUGAAAAAACUCGAUAUGAUUGGCAGCCAGCUGGUUCAGGAUAUAUUGAGCGGCGUGCACCAGCAGGCUGGCGGCAUGACCACUGCCGCAAUUCUGGGCCGAGCUCUUAUAGAUGAAAGCAAUGAAUACAUAUCGAGGGGCGCCGAUCCCAAGCAAAUUCGUGUCGGCCUCAUGGCAGCCGUGGACGAGGUCAUUUAUCAACUUAAUGCCAUGGCACGACCCAUCCAUGUACCAUCUAUGCGGCUGCUUAGCGUGGCCAUCACAUCGGCGCAGGGGGAUCGGCCCAUUGGUGGCCUCAUCUACCAGGCCAUCAAAAGAGCUGGACUGGAAGGAGAGAUCGCCAUAAAGACCACGAGCACGGCCCACGUGGAGCUGCGUUUUCCGCAGAACUAUACACAGGAUGGGAAUGAACCAGAGCCUGAACCAUCGCGCAGCUGCCAUCUGGGCAGAUGGGUGACCAUCCCCGCAGUGGACACGCUGCUGUCGCAGGUCUAUGCCGCUGAGCAGGCCACUGGGCCAGCGCCAGAGCGGACCAGCGUAGUCUUCUUGGUCGGCGGCUCGAGCGAGGCGGACAAAAAUCAGAAGAAGAAACUCAUCACCGACGCCGUCAUGAGAACGCGCGCUGCCGUCGAGGGAGGACUCGUGCCGGGCGGCGGCACUGCCCUGAUCCGGUGCAUGAAGCCUCUCGAUAGCUUGAUGGUCGAUAAUGAAGAUCAGCGACUAGGUGUGAGGGCCGUGCGCCGGGCACUGCGCAUGCCCUGCUGGACCAUUGCUCAGAAUUGUAACAUCGAUGGCAACGAGGUUGCACGUGUUGUGGAGGAAUACCGCAUGAGUGAGGACUUUGGCUUCGAUGUGGUGUCCGGAAGGUAUUGCAGCAUGUCCGUGCAGGGCAUAAUGGAUCCCACCAAGGUGGUGCGCUCGGCCGUCACGAAUGCCGCCGGCAUGGCCUCGCUCCUGAUCACCGACCACGAAUUUGUCUCUGAAUCUAAUAACUAGUUGCGCUUGUGCCC